AUGCCGACAGCGCCGACGGAUGUACUGGGAGCGGUACUAGAGCACCGAAAGAGGGAAAGGGGAAGUGACGGGGUGGAGACAGAAGGCGCGAGAGGAGAAAGCGUGCGCGAGUGGGUAAAGGAGCGAGAGUGGUGCGGAGUGGUGUUGCAGAAGGGCGGGGCGCGUCGCCCCGAGGGCGCAGAAGCAGCUUUCACCCCGGAUGUCGGGCACUUCCGCCACCUGUCCUUCGUGAACUCCACGUCGACCCCGCAGGUACCACUUCAGCGACAGUACCAGCAACAAGCCACAGGCGCGUCAGAUCGUCAGAGCUGUAACAGCAGCAGCUGGAGCAGGAGGAGCCGACGGGAGCGCCAGCAGCAGGAGCACCAGGAUAACGUAACUAGAAGAGGGGGCGGGGCCCCAUCCGCUACCUCUUCUCGCUCCAACGACGGCGACGACGAGCGCGAAGACGGCGCGAUCGCGGUCACGGUCAAGACGGAUGUCAAGACGGAGGCCAAGAUGCAGGAGCUCCGGGAGCCUCCGGAGCCGCUGAAGAUGAAGAAGAGGGCGAGGUUGAUGAAGAUGGAGACGGAGGAGAAAGCAGGGGAUCCGCCGAUUGGGUUGCUUGGAGUUGGUGGCCAGCGGAUCCGGCGUGCUUGAUUCUGUGACAUUUGAAAAUUUGACUAUGGGAUGUGAGAGUUUUGCGCUGUCGGGUUAUUAUUGUUUGUCUUGCCACGGAUGCACUUCUCAGAUGAUUCGAAUGUUGUAAUCAUGACUUCGGUUCACACCAAAAUAAUAAUUGGACUUACGUCGCCUUCAGAUACAUCUUUAAGAAAUGACGUCCUGAUCGUAACAAUAUAUUUAGCGUGUGCCGGGUUGUGAUAACCACGAGAAACAGCCAGCCGUUCCUGUGCCUGACAUGACUUGAAAUUAGAGCCUAUUCCGCACCUUGACAACUUUUUUUGACCAUUUGAAUCUCUUGACAAAGGCGGUGAUGGUGAUUUUCAACGUGGCACCAUUCGAAAGGUCUGGUUGGGAGCUCUCUUUUCGUGUCGCGGAGAAAGGACAUUUGGCCCGGGGUGUGUGGUACCUCACGUCAAAUAUCGCCAAAGUUCUUGCCGGCGCAGAUGGAAGGGCCGUAUAGUUCACUUAUCGUUAACAUGCAUUCGAUAUUUCAAAAUACUCUUAGAUGACACCAAUGUUUAUGGC